UUGUUCGACUGCUCGAGCCAUAUGUCCAUCUGCCUCCCGACUUCCACCUUGAGAAAUCGUCCGGCUCCUGCAUCAACUGGCUGCACCUCGUCCGUGCACUCCGAAGGGCCAUACCAGGCGAGAGUGUUGCAGUGCACCGCAAGAUACUCCUUGAACUCGUCCGUGGUCUGCGCGUGCAAGUUGUCCAUGAUAAGAAUGGACCUCGCCUUGGGGAGCUCACCCCGCCCGCGCAUCAGGCCUUCGCGGUAGGACCUCUUCGCCCACUCCAUGCAGAACUUUUGGUCGGCCCACGCGUUCUCCUGGAAAAACACGUCCACGUCCUCGUGAUACGCUGCCUUCUCCACCGGCGAGAUCCGCUUUCCCGUGCCUCGGAAAAUCACCGAAACACGCAUGGUCUUAUCACCCGGACCAAAGAUACUUGCAUCGUGCACUGCCUUUUCUCUAGGCCAGCAAAGGGCUGCGAGAUUGCUAACCGCAACGCACCUCUCUUGUCCCACGUUUCUANCAGCCCGUUCACGAAUGCCAAAGACACUUGAUCCACAUUCCAACGCUCCCAGAGCUGGAAUUGACCGUGUUUGGGAACCCUGGACUCUCUCUCCGCGACCGU